UAUGAAAUAUUUUUACCGCGUGCGUUGAACGUUUAAGUUAUGUUUUGGAUUUAUCGUGGUCCACGAAGUUUGUAAUUGUUCUGGGUUCGGUAUUCAACCCGUUAACUUGAACUGAAUUAUUGAACUCAUCGAAUGAUACUGAAAUGUCGAGUUGCGGUUCGGAUUUUAUUCCGUGUCCCAUUUGUUUUAAACUGUAUUCAUCGAAGGAUAUUGAAGGACAUGCAAAUAAAUGUUUAUUUUUGUCAUCAGAAACUAUAAAUGCUUCUCAAUCUCUAAAGGAAGUGAGCCCGCGUUUGAAACGUCAGAAAAAAGACCACUGUAGCAAUGAUCUUGCGUCAUCAUCCACGAAACACGUUGCUGAAGAGGAACUUGAGAUGCAGGGGAGCAGCGACGGGGGAGCCCCGCAGUUGCCGAGCCGGCUCGUGGACCUGUCUGUGCCGCUGGCCGAGCAGAUGCGACCCUCCGACUUCGGGGACUACGUGGGCCAGAGUCACGUCCUCGGCCGCGACACCAUCCUGCGCUCGCUGCUGGAGAGGCAGGACAUUCCCAGCAUGAUCCUGUGGGGCCCACCGGGUUGCGGGAAGACGACUCUGGCCCACAUCCUGGCAAAAAAAUGCCGCAAUGGCGGCCAGGGACUGAGGUUCGUGAAGCUGUCUGCGACCAUGUCCGGCGUGAACGACAUCAAAGAAGCUGUCAAAGUUGCGAAGAACGAAGUGAACUUCAAGAGACGUACUGUGCUGUUCAUGGACGAGAUCCAUCGCUUCAACAAACUGCAGCAGGACAUAUUCCUACCGCACGUCGAAGACGGCACCAUAGUUCUCAUCGGAGCCACCACCGAGAACCCGUCCUUCAGCCUGAACUCGGCCUUGCUCAGCAGGUGCAAGGUCAUCGUGCUGGAGAAGCUGAGGACCGAGAACCUGGUCACGAUCCUCCAGCGAGCGGUGGUGGCUGUUGGCGGCGCUGUGCUCACGCCAGACGUGAACGGUUGCCAGGACAACAAAUUACCCAGGGUGGUGGUUGAUGAAGAGACUGUGCAGUGGUUGGCUGAAAUAUGUGAUGGAGAUGCCAGAAUAGCACUGAACAGUCUCCAGCUAGCGUUACAGUCCAAGGAUAUUGAUGUGUCUUCUGUUGCUCGUAUUUCUCUCGAUGAUAUCAAAGACGGAAUCAAGCGUUCACACCUGCUGUACGACAAGAAAGGGGAGGAGCACUACAACAUCAUAUCGGCCAUGCACAAGUCCAUAAGAGCGUCGGACGACAAUGCUGCGCUCUACUGGCUGACACGCAUGCUCGAAGGGGGGGAGGACCCUAUAUUCAUAGCUAGGAGGCUGGUGAGAGCGGCGAGCGAGGAUAUAGGUCUGGCUGACCCAAUGGCAGUGACCAUGGCUGUUUCCGCAAUGCAGGGAUGCCAACUUCUGGGAAUGCCGGAGUGUGAUGUCCUCUUGGCUCAGUGCGCUGUGUACUUGGCAAGGGCCGAGAAGUCGGUGGAAGUGUACCACGCCCUGCUGAAGGCCAAGGAGUCUGUGUCCCAGCACCGGGGGGCUCUGCCCUCCGUCCCGCUCCAUCUCCGAAACGCUCCCACUCGGCUGAUGAAGGACCUGGGUUAUGGGAAAGGUUACAACACAUCCCACAAAGAUGAAUCAAGUCUUGAGUACAUGCCAGAAGGGUUGGAACACAUCAAUUUCUUCCACUAACUUUCUUAAUAAUUUCCUGUUUAUGUGGAGCAGGCACAUUAAUAAUGUAUGUGAAUUGUCUUCUUUAAAGUUGUGAAACCUUUAGGAAGUAAAAUUUCAAUGGAUGGGUAGUCAAAUGUAUGACUGCAUGUAUUAAGUUCCAGUUACUGUUUAAUUAUUUUUCCAUAUUAAAUAUUUUUCACUUAAAA